CGCCCUCGUCUCCACCCACGCUCUCCGCCGAUUCGUCGCCGACGACGCAGGUCUCCACCCGUCGCAUCAACGCCGACGAGUCCGGGGUGAAGACUGCAGGUCUGCAGCGCAGCUCGGGCGGCGGCUGGAACCGCGGGAGAAGCGGCGGCAGUGCGGGAGCGCGCACCCCCAAGUCCUUCUCCGCCGCCGCGGGACCCGGAACCACCGUCCGCCUCGCCCUCCCAGCAUCGUCCCGAUCCGGCUUAGUGCGCCGCCUCCUCGUCCCCCCUCCUAGGAGUGGAGGGCGCGAUGGGGUCCGUGGAUCUGAUUGCCGCCUGCCUCGACUCCAUACGCCAGAUUGGAGAUGAGAUUGUGGAUGCAAUAGUGUAUGUUGAUGCAGGCACUCUGGAAGCGUUUCAGUUCAUAGGAGCAUUUUCUCUGCUUCUCGAGCUUGGUGCUCGUGCUGUUUGCAGCUUGGAGAGCGCGUCACCUCUUGAUGCUGUUUCUGACUGGCACUCAAAAUUUUCUCAUCCAGUGAGGAAGAUUGUAGUGCUUACAUCCCGCCUUCUUAGUGAUGCACAUCGGUAUAUUCUGCGAUGCCUGGGCAACCAUGGAACUGUUUCGCAUUGUACUGUGCUGACAGCUAUUUCGGAGGUUGGUCACUCAGCAUAUAUUGAUUCUCCACUUGGGCCAGAUGCUUUUCGGGAGUACGAGACGUUACUCGUUCAGGACCAUGAGGAGCUUUUUAAAAAGUGUGAGAAAUCAAAUAAAUAUAAAGAUAAUAUUAGUAAUACAGGGAAUGAUUUCACCACAGAUGCUGAUAAAUAUUCUGAAUGGGGUUCUGGGGUCCACUAUGGAUCGAAUGCUGAAUCCAGCCCGACAAAAAGGAAUUUGUUUGAUAGUGACUUAGGUCAGUUAGUGGCAAGCGGAAAGAGGUUGUCUGUAACCGUGUCUCACUUCCCAAUGAUUUUCUCUCCUAUUUCCCCAAGGACUUUUGUUUUGCCUUCUGAGGGCAUAAUUGCUGACUCAUCCUUGUCGAAUCAGCAUGAAGAUUCCCUUGGUCCUGGUCUACCCUCUAUAUCUACUGGUAAACCUUUCGACAGUGAUGAGGUUCCUCCAGGAGUGACAUUGACUGCUCAGUUCCUGUAUCAUUUGGCAAAUAAGAUGGAUCUAAAGCUCGAUAUAUUUUCGCUGGGUGAUACUUCAAAGGUCAUUGGGAAGUUGAUGAUGGAUAUGUCAAGUUUAUAUGAUGUUGGUCGUAAUAAGAGAUCUGCUGGUCUAUUGAUCGUAGAUCGUACGGUUGAUCUCCUAACUCCUUGCUUCCAUGGUGACUCAUUUCUUGAUAGGAUGCUGUCCUCAUUGCCACGCAAAGAAAAGAUUUCAUCAUCAUAUUCUGUGGCGAAAAAUCCACAGAAUCCAAGCAAGCAUUCUCACACUGCUGUUAAACGAGUCCCACUGGAUAUAAAGGUCCCUUUUGAGACAGUCUUUAAGAAGGAAGAACCUAAGAGUCGGACAAGUAUGCUGUCUGAAGGUAUCAUGUCAUUUAUGUCUGGAUGGAACUCUGCUGAUGUUGACUCCGAAGUUACCUGGCUGCCUGAUUAUUCUGACAAAGCACAAGAUGACAGACUUGACAGUGACCUUGGCACUCUAAAUGGUUCACUCCUAUCGAAUUAUGCUGGAGUACACUACUUAGAAGCAUUACUAGACAGGGGAGCAAAAGAUGGAUUAAUGCUGAUUAAGAAAUGGCUUAUUGAAGCUCUGCAGCAUGAGAAACUAUCCUCUGCAUCUAAAGGUCGACAAGGAGCCACUUCUGUUUCAGAGAUUCGUUCUAUGGUACAAAUACUCUCUCAAGACCAGUUGUCAUUGUUAAGAAACAGAGGAGUUAUCCAGUUAGCUCUGGCUGCUGAAAUGACUCUCCUGGAGCCUCAAAGUUCUCACUGGGAUGCUUUUACUAGUGCUGAAAGAAUAUUAAGUGUAACAUCUGCAGAGACGACUCAAAGUCUUGCCAGUGAGCUUCGUGAUUUCAUAAACACUAGUACUUCAGUGGACUCUCACAAACAAGCUACUACAAUGGAAUCUUCUCAGGGAUUACUUAGUUUUCAGGAUGUAUUACUUCUAACAAUUAUUGGGUAUAUCUUGGCUGGUGAGAAUUUUCCUACAUCUAUAGCUGGUGGUCCCUUUUCUUGGGAAGAUGAGCGGUCUCUUAAAGAUGUGGUGGUGGAUUCUAUCCUUGAGCGACCAUCAUCAGUGAAGCUACGAUUCCUUGAUGGCCUGGAUAAUGAACUUGAAGCUAAAGCAAGAUCCAAAGAUGUUGAGAGGAAUAAUAAGGACUCUACUGAGCCAUCCAGUACUGAUGAUUUCGAUGAUGAAUGGGGUAACUGGGAUGACAAUGACAAUGCCGAUGACCAAAAGGAGGAAGCUUAUGGGGAUAUGCAACUGAAGUUGGAAGUGCGAGAUAGGGUUGACCAACUUUUCAAAUUCUUUCACAAAUUGUCCAGUAUGAGGUUAAGAAACCAUGCCCUUGGAGAAGGUCUAGCGGCAUUAAGUAGAUUUGAAACUGAUGGCUACUCGAGGAAAGGCUUGCUUUAUAAAUUGCUAUUAGCCCUGUUGUCAAGGUAUGAUGUACCUGGCCUUGAAUAUCAUUCAUCAGCUGUUGGUCGUUUGUUCAAAAGUGGAUUAGGGAGAUUUGGGCUUGGACAGUCCAAACCAAGCUUUGGUGAUCAAAGUGUGCUUAUCAUUUUUGUUGUGGGGGGUAUUAAUACUCUGGAGGUGCGGGAAGUUAUGAAGGCAAUCUCAGAGAGCAGCAGACCAGAUGUGGAGCUUAUUCUUGGUGGUACCACCCUUCUCACUCCAGAUGACAUGUUUGAGUUAAUGUUGGGCUCGUAGGCCCAACCUUCAUGCUUGAGAGGCCUAUUCUGACAUCAGGAGGUGGUGCACAAGGCAUCAGAAUAAGAGUCCCAAGUAACCCAGAUUAUUUACCCAGUGCAUUAUAUCAGAAAUUUUAGUGUCUGGUGGAGCAGAAUGUCAACAGUAUGAAGAGUGUGUUGUUGAUACUACCAGAAGCGGCAGAUAGCACUUCAUGAACAUCCUUGGACACCCUUUGUCAUAAGCUGCAAGAUGUACUAACAAUUUUCAUUAGUUUGCAGCACCGGCAAUAAUGGCUUUUGCAGUAAUCCUCAGAAAAUGCACAUAUUGCUGGAAGCUAUACAUCUCUGAUGAGGGAUGGGGGAAGACCUUGGAAGGCUUCGCUAAAGAUAUCUACCUUAAAGUGAGUGACUGGCAUUCUUCUAUAUUAGAACGUCAAGAGGUAGCAAACAAAAGAUAAGUCUGAAUUAACCUGCUAACUAUACACUCAAAACUAGCAUGGACAUGUGUUGUUUAGGAGCAGUUGUUUUGCUUCCAAAGAUAUGCUUGCCAGUAUAGUAACCAGCAUGUGAAAUCAGUGUACAUUGUACGGUUGUGAUAUGGAAAGUUCGGAGUUUUACUGCACUUGAAAACUCUCAAACAUCCCUAUAUAUUGAAAAUUCGCCAAAGUAUCUUUUUGAUGCCGUAGACUUUA